CCCUGGCGCUCAAAGCGCUUCCUGUUGGAUUGUAAAAUGGCGCAUUGUUUUCUCCGCUGCAUCCCAACCGAGUAGUUACGUUUAUGGAACAAUUGCAAUGAUUUGCUACAAGAUACACGAUGCGAUGUUACGGUCGAAUUCUUAGGUAAAACACAGAGCAGAGAGCUAUAUUCUCCGCGCAUCCUUUUGUUUUAAGCUCGUUUUUGUUUAGAGCUCGUCCGGUAUUCAUCGGCUUUUAGCACAAGUUAGCCCUAGUGGUUAGCGUCCUUUUUUAAACUUGAGCGGCAUAACUUUGGACUGAAAUACUACUACCAUGGGGUACCUAAAACUCAUCGAGAUCGAAAACUUCAAGUCAUAUAAAGGACGGCAGAUAAUUGGACCUUUUCACAAGUUCACGGCGAUCAUUGGGCCAAAUGGAUCUGGAAAGUCCAACCUCAUGGAUGCUAUUAGCUUUGUGCUAGCAGAGAAGACUAGUAACUUGCGUGUGAAGACUCUGAAGGAUCUGAUCCAUGGCGCGCCUGUUGGGAAGCCAGCUGCCAACAGAGCUUUUGUCAGUAUGGUUUACCAGGAGGACACAGGAGAGGAGCGCUCCUUCACCAGGAUGAUUAUUGGAUCCUCCUCUGAAUACCGCAUCAACAACAAAGUUGUGGGCUUGCCAGAGUACAGCGAGGAGUUGGAAAAACUUGGUAUUCUCAUCAAGGCUCGAAACUUUUUGGUAUUCCAGGGAGCCGUGGAGUCCAUCGCUAUGAAGAACCCAAAGGAGCGUACAGCUCUGUUUGAGGAGAUCUCGCGUUCCGGGGAGCUGGCGCAGGAGUAUGACCGGAGGAAGAAGGAGAUGGUGAAAGCCGAGGAAGACACGCAGUUCAACUACCAUCGCAAGAAGAACAUUGCAGCGGAGCGCAAAGAGGCUAAGCAGGAAAAAGAGGAGGCUGAGCGCUACCAGCGACUGAAGGAUGAAGUCGCGAGGGCCAGCGUUCAGUUGCAGCUCUUCAAGCUCUACCACAAUGAGACGGAGAUUGAGAAGCUGAAUAAAGAGCUUGGCCAGCGAAACAAGGAGAUCGACAAGGACCGCAAGAAAAUGGACCAUGUGGAGGAGGAGCUGAAAGACAAGAAGAAGGAGCUCGGCAGGCUCAUGAGGGAGCAGCAGACAAUAGAAAAAGAGAUCAAAGAAAAAGACUCCGAGCUUAACCAGAAGAGGCCGCAGUACAUCAAGGCCAAAGAGAACACUUCACACAAGAUCAAGAAGCUGGAGGCAGCUCGGAAGUCAUUGCAGAACGCCCAGAAGAUGUACAAGAAGCGCAAGGCAGACAUGGAUGAGCUGGACAAAGAGAUGAGAGCGGUGGAGCUGGCCAAGCAAGACUUUGAGGAGCGCAUGGAGGAGGAGGCACAGAGCCAGGGCCAGGACCUCACCCUGGAGGAGAACCAGGUGAAGCAGUACCAUCGUCUGAAGGAGGAGGCCAGUAAACGUGCAGCCACUUUAGCACAGGAGCUGGAGAAGUUCAACCGGGACCAAAAAGCUGAUCAAGACCGCCUCGACUUGGAGGAAAGGAAGAAAGUAGAGACGGAGGCCAAAAUCAAACAGAAAAUUCGUGAAAUUGAGGAGAACCAGAAGCGCAUUGAGAAGUUGGAAGAUUACAUCACCACCAGCAGGCAGUCUCUGGAUGAGCAGAAGCGUAUGGAAGAGGAGCUGACUGAGGAGGUGGAAAUGGCCAAGAGGAGGAUUGAUGAGAUCAACAUGGAGCUGAAUCAGGUCAUGGAGCAACUGGGGGACGCCAGGAUCGACAGGCAGGAGAACAGUCGACAGCAACGCAAGGCUGAGAUCAUGGAGAGCAUCAAACGACUUUACCCAGGCUCUGUGUAUGGCCGCUUGAUCGACUUGUGCCAACCCACUCAGAAGAAAUAUCAGAUCGCUGUGACCAAAGUGCUGGGCAAGAACAUGGAUGCCAUCAUUGUUGACUCGGAGAAGACGGGCAGAGAUUGUAUUCAGUACAUCAAGGAGCAGAGAGGAGAACCCGAGACCUUCCUUCCUCUUGACUACCUGGAGGUGAAGCCAACAGACGAAAAACUUCGAGAGCUGCGUGGCGCCAAGCUGGUGAUCGACGUGAUCCGCUACGAGCCUCCACAUAUUAAGAAAGCUCUGCAGUAUGCAUGCGGCAACGCUCUGGUUUGUGAGAAUGUGGAGGACGCAAGGAGGAUUGCCUUUGGAGGCCCAUACAGGCACAAGACUGUCGCACUGGAUGGAACACUUUUCCAAAAAUCCGGAGUCAUUUCUGGAGGAGCCAGCGACCUGAAGGCCAAGGCCAGGCGUUGGGAUGAGAAAGCGGUAGACAAACUCAAAGAGAAGAAAGAGAAGCUGACGGAUGAGCUCAAAGAGCAAAUGAAGGCCAAGAGGAAGGAGGCCGAGCUGCGUCAGGUCCAGUCUCAGGCCCACGGCCUUCAAAUGAGACUGAAGUAUUCUCAGAGUGACCUGGAGCAGACCAAGACACGACACCUGUCACUCAACAUGCAGGAGAAGUCUAAGCUGGAAAGCGAGUUGGCCAACUUUGGUCCUCGCAUCAAUGACAUCAAGAGGAUCAUCCAGUCCCGCGAGAGGGAAAUCACGGACCUCCGAGACCGCAUGAACCUGGUGGAGGAUGAGGUGUUUGUGGAGUUCUGCAAGGAGAUUGGAGUAAGGAACAUCAGAGAGUUUGAGGAGGAGAAGGUCAAGAGGCAGAAUGAGAUUGCCAAAAAGCGUCUGGAAUUUGAGACCCAGAAGACCCGCCUGGGAAUCCAGGUGGACUAUGAGAAGAACCAACUCAAGGAGGACCAGGAGAAGGUCAUGAUGUGGGAGCAGACUGUCAAGAAGGACGAGGCUGAAAUUGAACGCCUGAAGAAGGAGGAGCACAGACACAUGAAGAUCAUUGAUGAGACAAUGGCGCAGCUCCAAGACCUGAAGAACCAGCACCUCACCAAGAAAUCUGAAGUCAAUGACAAGAACCACGACAUGGAGGAGAUCCGCAAAAAACUGGGCGGUGCCAACAAGGAGUUGACGCAGCUCCAAAAGGAAGUGACGGCCAUCGAGACGAAGCUGGAGCAGAAGCGCAGCGAUCGCCACAACCUGCUGCAGGCCUGCAAGAUGCAGGACAUCAGGCUGCCUCUUCGCUCGGGGACGAUGGACGACAUCAGCCAGGGGGAGGGGAGCUCUCAGACCGACGAGUCCAGCAGCCAGAGGACCUCCAGCAGCGUCCUGGCUAAGGAGGCGCUCAUUGAGAUCGACUACAGCAAUCUGUCUGAAGACCUCAAGGAUGCCUUGUCCGAGGAGGAGAUCAAGGCGGAGACCAACACGCUGCAGCAGCGUCUGAACGAGCAGCAGAGCAUCUUGCAGAGAAUCAGCGCCCCCAACAUGAAGGCCAUGGAGAAGCUGGAGAGCGUCAGGGACAAGUUCCAAGAAACCAGCGACGAGUUUGAAGCCGCUCGCAAGAGGGCCAAGAAGGCCAAACAAGCCUUCGAGCAGAUCAAGAAGGAGCGUUUCGAUCGCUUCAAUACCUGCUUUGAGUCUGUCGCCACAAACAUCGAUGAGAUCUACAAGGCCCUCUCACGUAACAGCAGCGCCCAGGCCUUCCUGGGGCCGGAGAACCCAGAGGAGCCCUACCUGGACGGCAUCAACUAUAACUGCGUGGCCCCAGGAAAGAGGUUUCGACCCAUGGACAACCUGUCUGGAGGAGAGAAGACCGUGGCGGCCUUGGCUCUGCUCUUUGCUAUUCACAGCUACAAACCCGCGCCCUUCUUUGUCCUUGACGAGAUUGACGCUGCGCUUGACAACACCAACAUCGGCAAGGUGGCCAAUUAUAUCAAAGACCAGUCAGUCCAGAACUUCCAGGCCAUCGUCAUCUCCCUGAAGGAGGAGUUCUACACCAAGGCGGACUCCCUCAUUGGUGUUUAUCCGGAGCAAGGAGACUGUGUCAUCAGCAAAGUGCUCACCUUUGACCUCUCCCAGUAUCCCGACGCCAACCCAAACCCCAACGAAUAAGAAGACUGUUCCAUCAUCAAAGGUCCAAAGGUCAUUCCCUGAUUCCUCUCCUCCAUCCUUUCCUUCUAUGAUCGCUCCUGUCAUAUGAUUUGAUAUUAGGGAAUAGAAUCUUUUUGGUAGUUUAGGGUUGUCCUGUAAACAGUGAUAGCCACCAUAUACAGUAUGUACAUGUCAUGAGUAUUGAAUACCACUUUUUUUUAAGCAGACACAUCAUGGGACCCCCCCCCCCCCCCCCAAGGAUGUGCCUAUUCCUAAAAUGUACAUUUAGCAUUUUGUUGUGUUUUAUUGUGACUAGUGUGUAGUUGAUGCUACAUCAUGGAGCCCAGCAGAUAUUCCCGAGUCAGCUUCACUGUGGGAAGAGAUCUAUGUGAGUCAGCUCUAUGUGAGUCAGCUCUAUGUGAGACAGGUCUAUGUGAGACAGGUCUAUGUGAGUCAGCUCUAUGUGAGUCAGGUCUAUGUGAGACAGGUCUAUGUGAGUCAGCUCUAUGUGAGUCAGGUCUAUGCUCUUUUAUUCAUUCGUCCGCUUUCAAUAAAUAUCGUUUGAAUUAU